CCAUGAAUACAACGCACAUGCAUAAUAUCUACAAUGAAAAAUUUUACAAAUACUCCGAAACUUUCAUUGUUUUCGAUAAUUCUCAUUCUCUUUUCAUCUUUUUCAUGGCGAGCAACUUCUGAUUCUGUCCACGAAAACUUCCUCCAUUGUCUCUUCAACCAUUCUCAGCCUUCCCAUCCAAUCUCCCCCGCCAUUUUCACCCCACAAAAUGCCUCCUUUUCCUCCAUAUUGCAAUCCUACAUCCGGAAUCUCCGCUUCAACUCAACUUCAACUCCCAAACCUUUCCUUAUCAUCACUGCAUUGCAUGAAUCCCACGUCCAACUUGCGGUUAUCUGUGGCCGUAAACAUGGCCUGCAGAUGAAAAUCAGAAGCGGCGGCCAUGACUACGAGGGCUUAUCUUAUGUCUCCCAAGUCCCUUUCUUCGUCCUUGACAUGUUUAAUCUUCGCGCCGUUGAUGUUGACAUUGAAAACAACACUGCCUGGGUUCAGGCGGGGGCGAUUCUUGGAGAAGUUUAUUAUAAAAUUGCGGAGAAAAGUAAAACUCAUGGCUUCCCGGCCGGGGUUUGUCCCACAGUGGGUGUUGGUGGACACAUAAGCGGCGGAGGAUAUGGCACCAUGAUGAGAAAAUACGGGCUCACUGUCGAUAAUAUCGUCGAUGCAAGGCUUGUUGAUGCUAGUGGGAGGCUUCUGGAUAGAAAAUCCAUGGGGGAAGAUUUGUUUUGGGCUAUCAGAGGAGGAGGAGGAGCCAGUUUCGGAGCCAUUAUUGCUUAUAAAAUCAAUCUUGUUCCAGUUCCAGAAAUAGUGACUUCGUUUCUGGUUAGAAGAACUUUAGAAUCACACAAUCUAACUGAGAUUGUGGAUCAAUGGCAACAUGUCGCAUACAAACUUCCUGAAGAGCUCUUCGUCCGACUCACAUUAGACGUGGUUAAUAAGACUGUGAGGGGGAACUUCUGGGGUUUUUAUCUCGGUGGCUCUGAGAAACUUCUUUCAAUCAUGGAAAAGGGCUUUCCUCAACUGGGGUUAACUCAGUCUGACUGCGUCCAAUCGAGCUGGCUUGAAUCAGUUGUUUUCUGGGGAGGUUUUCCCUCCGGAACAUCGACAAAUGUUUUACUAAAUCGUGAGCCGGCGGUGAGUUUCCAGAAGAGAAAGUCAAAGUCGGAUUAUGUGAGGAAGCCGAUUCCUAAAGACGGCCUGGAAGGAAUAUGGAAGAAAAUGAUUGAACUAGAGACGCCAAUGCUGACAUUCAAUCCUUACGGGGGUCGAAUGGAGGAGAUUGCCGCGACGGCGACGCCAUUUCCGCAUAGAGCUGGAAACUUAUGGAAGAUUCAGUACUUAGCGAACUGGAAUGAAUCGGGGACUGAGGCGGAAAACUUUUAUUUGGGGUUGAUUCGAGAGCUUUAUAAUCACAUGACUCCAUUUGUGUCCAAGAAUCCGAGGCAGGCGUUUCUGAAUUACAGAGAUAUUGAUUUGGGGAUCAAUCACAAUGGAAAUGGGAGCUACUUGGAAGGAAGAGUUUAUGGAAUCAAGUAUUUCAAGGCUAAUUUCGAGCGUUUGGUGAAGAUUAAGACUAAGGUUGAUCCUGAUAACUUCUUCAGGAACGAACAAAGCAUUCCAGUUCUUCCACACUAGUUUAAUAUUAAUUAUUCCAGGUAUAAUAUGAAUAUCAAUAAAAUCACGAGCACUCAAGAUUUAAGAAUUCAAUUAUAUAUUUAAGUUACAUAUUAUUAUUCAAUCGUAUGAUAAUAGAUCAUAUGAAUAUUUAAUUGAGUAUCCAAAUUAUUGUAAUGUUUUAAUGGUUGUAAAAUUGACACACGCUGGUGCUUGCUAUCUUCUUUUUGAAAUCUAAUAAAUAAAUAAAGUUGUUUUUUUAUUA